AUGAGUUCGUUGCACUACCAUUUGUUUCUGUUCCUGUGCUUCUAUGCUGCCGUUCAGGCUCAAUACAGAGAAGGCGAUAUCAUGUUGGGCGGACUUUUUAGCGUGCACCAGGUGCCAUACUGGCCAGGGUCGCAAUUUGAAGAGAUAUAUUUGAGAGGACUUGGUCGCAUGCAGGCCAUGAUCUUCGCAAUCGAACGAAUAAACAAUGACACAAGUCUUCUUUCGAACAUUUCCCUAGGAUAUGACAUAAGGGAUUACGGUGGAAACCUCUCAAAAGCUGCGGGACUCAUUUAUCAACUACUGACCGUUGAUUCUUGCGUCAAUUUAAGCCAAAAUGCCCCAAGAAAGAAAGCCAUCAUUUCUUUAAUAGGCCCAAACGAAUCAAGAACAGCGCUAUUCAUUGGUGGAUUUCUUCGGAUGCUCAAUGUUUCGAGCAUAACUGGAACAGCAACCAGUACGGAGCUUAGCUCUUUUACCUAUAAACAUUUAUAUCGAACAGUGCCUUCGGACAAGUUUCUUGCAAAAGCGAUGGUUGACUUAAUUACGCACUUUAACUGGGGUUAUGUUGCUGUGGUUGGACAAGAUGAUUCGUAUGGAAGAAGUGGAGCAUGGGCAGUGGUUAGCGAAAGUUCGUCAAGGAAGAGCUCGUUCUGUAUUGCUUUGACGGAGUUUAUACGCCUCGAAAGUCUGCAUCUGAGUGUUGGGAACAUAGUUAAAAAGCUUAAACAGAUGGACAAUGUCAAAGUUGUGAUCUUAUGGUUAUACGAGAAUUACCAAACGGAGUUUUUGGCAGAGGUUCAGAGGCAAAACCUAACUGGACGUGUGUGGAUUUUGAGUGAGAUUCAUUUAACUUCUACACUGCCAGUAAAAGGUAUUCUGGAGAGCUCUUUAGGAUUUCAAUUCCAUAAAUUCAGCGACUCUGGCUUCAAGGAAUAUUUAAAAGAAAUAUUGGUCAAGGAGAAAGACGAUAGAAGUUUUUCUGAAUGGAACCACAUUACAAGCGAAAAAUGGAAGUUCUUGAAGAACAUGAAGUGUGUUCAUCGCCAAAUUGAGCAGUGCUCUAACGAGUUGAUUAAAGAAAUCUACAGCUCCUAUGUUCCGUACAUCAUUGACGCCGUAUAUGCCGUGGCACACGCACUAGAUAUUUUCAAUCGAAAUUUUAGCUAUGAUGAGACCAAAGAUCGGGCGAAACUGCAGAUAACCAAUAGUUUUGACGUGCAGAAACUUCUUGGCCGCGUCAGUUUUGACGGACUAACUGGAAAAAUCAAGUUCGAUCGAUUUGGCGACAGGAGCUCAGCGUAUUAUGACAUUUUCAGCUUUAAAAAUGUACCCAAUGGAGAUGUGGAGAGUGUAAAAAUGGUGCUGAUAGGAGAAUGGAAAAAUUCACAGAAAAACGAAACUCGCUUGAUUUUUCAUGAAGCCCUGAAUUGGACGACUAAAUCUGGUCGCCCUCCGAAAUCAGAAUGUUCGGAACAGUGUCCUCCUGGAACAAGGAAAUCUUCUACCUCACCUUGUUGUUGGCAGUGCCUUCCGUGCCUUGGUGAAACCAUCAGCUCAUCUGCUGGUUCUGAAAGCUGCAGAGAAUGUCCCAACGGAACAAUAUCUAACCCUGCGAAUACAGAGUGUGUCGCCUUACCCUCUGCCAACAUAAGCUAUACGAAUAUAACCGGAAUUGUGAUUCUAACGUUUGGCACCCUCGGAGUAGUUGUCACAUUGUUUUGUCUGGCUGCCCUCUACAAAUUCUGGAAUAGUCCCAUCGUCAAGGCAUCUAAUAGGGAGCUUAGCCUUUUCCUUUUACUUACAAUUCUUGCAUUAUUCUCUCUGGUUCCCAUUAUGACCAGUUUGGAACUCACUUCUCUUCCAAACAAAGCACAGGUUGGGAUUGUUAUAGCAUUUCUAGCUCCACUGUUGUCGGUGUUGAUGCCAUGGUUGCUUUUGGAUCCACCCUUCAACUUUCAACAUAUCUAUCCGAAACGUUACACCUUUAACGAAUGCAAGGCAUACUCUAGCUCAGUUGGAAAAUCUCUAUUCCUGGCAACAUGCUUUUAUAUCUUCUUCCAAAUGCUGGUGUCCUCGGUCUGUGCCUUUAAGAUUAGGAAGAUUCCUGAAAAUUUCAGCGAGGCCAAACGAAUCGCCUUUUCCAUGUACAUAUUUUUGUUCUCGUUGCUUUGUUAUCACCCGGUAGAAUUGUCCUUGAAUGGAUGGAUGGCUUAUUUGGUCGGAGGUUUUGCUUCCCCGAUGGCUAAGAAAGGAAGCAUUGCGGUUGAGGAAGACAAAUUGUCAGUGUGCGCUGAAUAA